AAGCUGGGAUUGCAUCUCUGACACCUCCACAGAUUCAGCGUGAAGCAGGGAGAGAGAGCGGCGCAGACAUGCAGACAGAAUGGAUAGAAAGACGACAGAGGGAGCGAGAGAGUGAGGCAGAGAGUGAGAGAGACGAGUGAAAGAGACAGAAGAUAUAUUUGACUGUGUGGGUGUGUGAAGUAUCAAGGCAUGCAUCAUAAUUGUGGAUUCUUCUUGGAGCAGCUGGACAAGUCAGUGCAUCAGCAGGACAUUUACUGGUCUUUCAAAUUGUGUUAUUUUGUACUUUAAAACAGUGGAAGCUGUGAGCACAGACAGCGACAUUUUGAAAGACAAAAUGGAAACCGACUUGUUUCUGCUGCCUCAAGGAUUUCAUUAACAGGGAAUACAAAAUUACUUCAACUAAGUGAAGUGAUGCCAAAAAUGAUUUGUGGAAAAUUAUGAUACCUCUGCACCCUCAAUAAUAGGAAAUCAAGUGAAGACUUUAUCUGAGAUGGCUCUCAGCCACAUUAUCAUCUGCCUCCUGCCACUCAUUUGCUAUGGGUCAUCCCACCCCUCUCCUCCGCCACCUCCUCCCCGGGGAUGUAGUGUGGAUGUGGAUCCUCCAUACAGGGUGCUCUGCGACCUGGAAUCAGUCUGGGGUGUUGUUCUGGAAACUGUGGCCUGCAGCGGUGGUCUCACAUCAGUGGUCCUCGCUGUGCUCCUGCUAGUCAAGAUGCGCUCCAUUUCUGACCCUGCCAAGCGCUCCAGCCUGGGGCCUCUACUCCUGCUUCUGGGCACACUUCUUGGGCUUUUUACCAUCUCUCUGGCUUUCCUGGUGGGGAAGAACCAGGCGCUCUGUGUGGUUCGAAGGGCCUUUUGGGGACCCCUUUUUGCCCUCUGCUUUUCCAGCUUACUGGUGCAGGGUGUGAGGCUCAGGAGGCUGGUAGCUGGAAAGGCAAGCCCAUCUGGCAGCUCCCUUGCAGCACUCGGUCUGGCCUUGGCCUUGGUUCAGGGGAUAAUCUCUGCCGAAUGGGUGCUGCUGACUGUAGUUAGGGAGGGUCACCCAGCCUGUGAAUAUCCACCUUUAGACUUUGCCCUUACCUGCAGUUACACUUUGGGGCUUCUUCUCAUAGCCAUGGGUCUCUCUCUUGGGGUGGUGCUGUGUGGUGGAGAGCUGGCAGUAGAUGGAGGAAGUGGCAAUGACGAAGACAGAGAAGGAGAUAGUGAAAGACGGAAAUGGAAGUGUAACGCAAUCUGGCUCGUCCUGUCCAGUCUCGCAUCAGCAUUACUAUGGGUGGCCUGGCUGGGGUUUUACCUUUACGGCAGCCAGACGUUAAGGGGAAGGGGGAACAGAGAGAAGGGAGGGGGGAAUAAGGAUGCAAAAGUGUUCGAUGAGCCUGCACUGGCUGUCGCCCUGGUUAUUCAGGGAUGGCUUCUGCUCCUGUUCCACGCUGUCCCAGAGACUCACCUGUGUCUCCUGAAAACUUCACAAUCCGACACGCAAGACUUCUUUGACACCAGUCACACGUCUCCUCCUUCACAUUACGGAGAUGAGCUCCCUGCACAUUCGCACCGAUCCUUCCAAGAGAACCAGGCCUUUUCAAUGGAGGAACACAGUGCAACUCUCCGAAGCGGAACAUACCACGGUAGCCAUGGAAGUAUGCGUCCUGGUAUCGCCUUCAGAGGGCAUGUCUACCAACCUACCGAGAUGGCUCUAGUGAUGAACGGUGGUACAAUGCCCACAGCCCCAGUUAACUACACUGGACGACGGUUAUGGUAAUAUACGGGGCAAAUGUUGAAGAGGACACACUUCAGUCACAUUUUUGAGGGAAGAAGUAUUAAAGACGGUACAUAUCACAAAGAAGCGACUUCAUAAGAGAUAGCUAUGUUUACUGUGUUUGUGUUUUUUGCCACACAUGUGCAGAUUUGGCAUUUUAAAAAGAAACUAGUGGUAUUUUUGCCUACAUUUUCCCGAAGGCUUUUUUGAUGGAUGUAAAGGAACAAGAGAGGGAAGAGAAAGCGACAUCUCUCAGUAAAGUGAUAUUUUUCGAUGAUGCAUUUUUCGAUGAACACGUGUAAUCUGAAUUAUAAUACAUACACACAAGAACAAGAAGUCUAUUAGCACAACUAAAUGUUAUAUUUAAAGUGUUUUUUUUUAUUAUAUUAUAUUAAAAGAGACAUAUUGAAUGACCUGUUGUUAAACCAUGACAGAGUUGAGCUUAGAGGAAGACUUGAAUGUGUUGAGGUAAACUCUUUUGCCUGAGCAGCACCAAACCAGUGCUGCAACAUUCUAACUUUUGUUUAUCAACCAUGCUUACUUCAUAAAAAUGCACUUUGUAUGUCAUUUAUUAUUAUUAUUAUUUUUUUGUUUGCAUUCAAGCUACAACUACAAAUAAGCUGUUAGGAUAGGUAUGUAAAAUACCUGCUUACACCCACAAUGCUUGCACAGCCUCUGUUUUUCAUCCUGGAAAGUCCCAAAGGAUUCGCAUAGUGAUUUUCUCUCUAUCCCUCGCCUUUCCAAUAUAAGUACUGUUGGGCAGUUUGCCACAUUCACAGUGUUUACUCAUAAAGGCUUUGUAUUCAGCAGAUCUCGUGCAGGGCUGUGGAGGACUUUUAUUUUAAAAGGUGAAUAAAAACUCUACAGCUUGUGGAUUGUUUUUUUUAAACAAGGUUAAUUUUUAAUAAGCCUAUGAUAAAAAGCCAUUUAAUACUGCAGCACUAAUCCUGCAGUAUUAGUAAAUAGGGUUUACUGUUAGUGGCUGUAAUUUUGCACUUUAUCAGCACUGAUUACAUCUGGGAAUUGUGAUAUUUGACAUUACUGGACAUGCAUGUAAAAGCACAGUUUAAAGGUAAUGUAUUUUGUCAAAACAUAAGUGUUUUGUUUUCUAGAAUUUUAAUAACUGUAUACUAAAGAAAAUGACCAGUUGUUUGUGUUUCUAAUAAAUUGGCAUUGGAGAGAUCAUUGACAAAACAGUCUCACCCCUCUAAGCCAAUAAGUCAGAAAAUUUACAUUUAAAAAUAAAACAAUUUCUGGACAAUCAAGCAAAUCCCGUUGCUGAGGAAGGCCAGGUAUGUGUAAACCUAAAAGAAACAGGUAACCGUUUCUGUGGUCAGACUGUUUUGUCUUGCAGAGUUUAUUGUGCAUUAUCAACAUUUUUUAGAUGUAUGAUAAAAUCUUAAAAAUGGCAGAAAAAGUAAACCCUUUGGAAUUAAAAAUCUAAAUUUUUUUAUUGGGUUUUUAUCCAUUAACUGGUGGUGAGAAAUAAACAGCUGUCAUUAGUCUUCAUUAAACAUAGUGAAUAUAUAUAUUGACAAAGGAAAAAUGAUGAACCUUGGAUCUUAUACCUCCCUAAACUGUCAUAUAACGAUGCUCCUGGGUUCAUUUUAGGAUUAUAUUUCACUGAAAUCAUUCUGUAGUACACUGGUUAAUAAAUUCAUUCCAGAAAGCCAUAAAAUGUAUAUAAAAGAUGGCUGUAGCUUCUGAGUCUGAUAAGUAAAGCUAGUGCCAAAGUGCCUUAAACAUGGGUUCUUUCUAACGGUCAGCAGGGGCCCUUGAUGUUGCAAAAAGAAGUCAAAAUUUAUAAAAGUCUGGGCUCCCUUGAUUCCCACCUUUGUAAGAACUUCCCCUAUGAGUUUAAGGUCUUAAUCGGUUGUUUCACAUUUUUUGACUACAACAAAACAUUAAUUUUGUGUAUUAUGGUCCCACCUCAGUCAAAAUGACAACAAAGCAGGCUUUAUGGUAUGUUGGCAAGACAGAGAUGAUGAUUUUACUUCAGGUUAGGCUUAUUGUUCUCAUUAUUACCUUCUUACCUAACCUCUACUAGACUUCAGCUUAAUACCACCCAUCCUUACAUUAUACUGAAGCUUAAUGGUGGUGAUCACUUGGUGGAGUCCCAGGCGCAACAGAAACAAAAGUGGCCCAAAAUGAUAACACUAUGUGGGAUAUCACAUGUAAGUUUACAUGUAGGGUUAUUUUGAUAAUUCCAAAGGGUUUUCUUGCAUUUUCUUCCCACUUUACAGUUAAACUUUAAAUUCCAUGAAACAAAAUGAAAAGAUUUGGCAUAACUGUAAAUUUAACUGGAAACCUUUGAUAUUUUGGGCCAGAUUUGCUGACGUAUUGCACAAGCAGAAAUUGGGUUUUGGUGUGAAAAAAAAGUAACAUCAGUAUUAACAAAGACAUUGCAGUAACAAGAUUGCAUGUCAGAGGUGGGAUUUCAGAGAUUUUUGUGACCGAUCCAGUCGUGAUAUUUUACACUGAAAAACAGCAUAUCACAUUUUUUGCAAUUGAUAUUAUAAUGAACUGAAAGUGGGUGUGUUUAGAUAACUAACCACACCUGUAAGUGCUAUUUGGGGAUCGUGCUCACGCACUAUUUUGUCCUGUUUAGUAAAUCAAGCCCAUUUAAUUACAAUGCUGAAAAGUUUGUGUUGAAUUUAACCUAUUAAGACUCAGUUAACUUUGAGACUGAAUUCUGAAUCCAAUCCUGAACAAGUUAGUAAAAUGAGGUCGAAAAGCAGGUCUCACAAUGUUCUUCUCUAAUCUUGAGACCAUUUCUUCUUACUAUAACACUAAACAACUAAACUGUGAGUGAUUUUACUUUUGUGUAAAGCCUUGUGUUCUAAUAUAGUACAAUGAAAAUAUGAUCAUUGUAGGAUUUUUUUUAAUGUAUUAAGCCUAUAUAACUGAUUUUUAAACAUGUACUGUAGUUGUUCCAAAUGUGAAAAAGCACUGGUAUUUCUUAUUUGAGAUCCUCUUAUAAUGAUAGCUCUGUCACUGUUUUAUGGCAGCAUAACAUGAAUGUCUGUAAUGUGAUUUGCACAAAGUGACUAAUACAUCAGUGCACCUAUUCUGUUAAAUAUA